AUGAGAAGGGGCUCCAAGAGGAAACUCCUGCUGCUGGUCUCUCUGGCCCUCUCGCUGCUGUGGGCGGGGCGCCACCUCAGGAACCGGGGGGCGGAGCUCCGGCUCUCCGACUGGUUCGACCCCAGGAAGCGGCCUGACGUCGUGACCACCACCGACUGGCUGGCCCCCGUCAUCUGGGAGGGCACCUUCGACAGGCAGGUGCUGGGGCGGCACUACCGGCGGCAGAACCUCACCGUCGGCCUGGUGGUCUUCGCCGCCGGCAGGGCCGCCGACCGGUACCUGGAGCCCUUCUUACAGUCGGCCAACAAGCACUUCAUGCCCGGCUUCCGCGUGGUCACCUACGUGCUGGUGGAGGACUGGUACCAGCUGCCAGCCCUGCCCCCCGAGCCCCUGCGCACCGUGCGGGCCCUGGCCAUCCGGCCGGACAGCUGGUGGCCGGACCACAGCCUGUCCCACAUGAAGAACCUGGGCGAGCACCUCCUCAGCCACAUCCGGGGGGAGGUGGACUUCCUGUUCAGCAUGAGCGUGGACCGCGUCUUCCAGGGCGACAUGGGGGCCGAGGCGCUGGGCGCGGCCGUGGCCCAGCUGCACGCCUGGUGGUACUUCCGGGACCGGCGCCACCUCCCCUACGAGCGGCGGCCCCGCUCCGCGGCCUGCAUCCCCUUCGGCCAGGGCGAUUUCUUCUACGACGGCGCGGUGGUGGGGGGCACGCCCGCGCGGGUGCUGGACCUGGUGCAGGCCUACCUGGGCGGCGUGCUGCAGGACGCCCGGCAGGGGCUGAACAGCACCUACGAGAGCCACCUGAACAAGUACUUCUUCCUGCACAAGCCCACCCGGCUGCUGUCGCCCGAGUACAACUGGGACGCCAACUUGCACCCGCCCCCGCAGGUGCAGCUCGUCAAGGUGCUACAGCUGGCCAAGCAGGGCCUGUGA